AUGGUAUUUUGUUGUCNAAUUAAUGAUUGGGAUAUUCACCUCAAAUCAAUUACAUUUGCAUAUAAUACAGGACAACAUGCAACAACAAAAUUAUCACCAUAUCAAUUACAAUUCGGUCGAACUCCUACAUUACCACCUGAUAUUCCAAGAAGAUCUUACGAAUUUUUGAAACCAAAUGAUUAUUUUCAUUACUUCAAACAAACAUUAAAUAUUUAUCAUCAAUAUGCGAUCAUGAACAUCAAACAACAGCAGAAAAAUUAUAAGAAAUAUUUUGAUCAUAAUCGUCCAGAUGUUCAUUAUUCAAUUGAUGAUAUUGUAUUAAAACGAAUCUCAACUAAUCGUUCAAAAUUAGCUGCAAUAUACUCAAAUCCUAUGAAGGUUAUCAAACAAUCUCAUCCAACUUAUUUAAUUCAAGAUUUAGAUGAUCAACGAAUUUAUCAAGUACAUGUAUCACAAUUACGCUCGAUUAAUUGUGAUAGAUUUCAUUUAUAG